CACAACCUUUAACCUCUCCAAAACGCACAGCACGACGAAGGAAUAACCCAUUUUCACAACCUUUAACCUCUCCAAAACGCAAAGCACGACGAAGGAAUUUCACCAGAAUCCAGAACCGCACAACUCUCACCCAAACACCCGAAACCUAUUCGCGCGAAUCUUCCCCUUCUUCGCUCGUAAUGGCUCGACGGUUCACCGACAAACGCCUAGUUCAUCUUCUUAGAAUCUGACUACAUCUUUAUGGAUGAUAUAUUCAUUUGCAAGUUUGACACAAAUCGGAAAUGGAGAUAUAGUGAAACCUGUGAAUCCAUGGUGAUUUCGACGACGGUGAUGGUGGUAACAGACGGGAGGUAAGUUUCGAUAAGAAAGGAACCUUAAAUUUGUCUCUUAUUCUAUCUCUUGGAAUUUACAACCCUAUUACCUUUCAAUGUGUUUUGAAAAUCAUUUAUAAGUAGUUUUUGACUUUGAUUACCUCCACUUACAACUUGUAUGCUUUCAUACCGAGUGUUAAUAAAACUGUGUUAGAGCACCUGGCGAUAACAUGGCAAUACUAACCAACUUGGAAGUGUUCUUUCACAUGUGGAGUAGAAGUGUUCUUUCACAUGUGGAGUAAAAGUCAACAUUGAAUUUCUGAAGUGAAGUAGAUACACAAAACUGUUUAUACUUCAUUUAGACAAUAUUUUUUUUAUUUGAUCUCUCGAGUAUUUAAUAUAUAUUUUUAUUGGUGGCUUUCAUAUUCUGCUCCAUAUGUUUUUAUAGUUUUUUAUACCUUACAUGUUUACUUCAAGUUUUUAUAGUUUUUUCAUUUGUUAUUUUCUAAUAUUUGAAUUUAAGUGAUUCAAACACUUUUUAAAUUAAUAUUUUAAUAUAUAAUUGUUUAACUUAUUAUAUGUUGAACAUGGAGAUAUUGACCAACACCUCGCAGCAUGAAAAAGAGUCAAUUGAUCACAUCUAACAAUUUGAUGCAUAAUUUUUUGAAAAAAUGGUUGAAGUUAAAUCUACAAGAACAUCAAAUGCAAAUGGUUGAAGAGAAAAAUCUACAAAAACGCCAAAUACAAAUGGUUGAAGAGAAAAAGAAUCAAGAAAAUAAUGACAAAAUGAAAGAGAUUGAAAAAAACUUACAUAUAGAUAUAGUUUUGUUUAAUGAAUGAUUUGUUGGUACAAGUUACAUGGAAGUGAUUGAGUUUUUUUUUACAAAUAGAUAUAAACAACACAGACAUCUGAAUCGACCAUCGAUUCCGGUUCUUUCCGUUGAAUACUAGAAACUUUGUGUUCAAGCUACUGUUUUCGUCGUUCAUCUUUGCUCUUGUGCAAAUCACUCAGUUCUCACCAACACUCGUGUUUCCCAAACCCUGAGAAUCGAGAUUUGCAAUUCUCUUUGAUUUCAAAUUUCAAUUCGACACGAAUUUCUAAAACGAAAUCAAUCACAUACCUCGCUACACUAGUGUUUCCCUAUAAAUCAAAACAGAGCUCUAGAUACCAAUUGUUGGAGUUCAACAAUGAACCUCCAUUAACAAUGCACAGCUCUAGAUACCAAUUGUUGGACUUCAACAAUAAACCUCCAUUAACAAUGCACAAAAAGAUGAAGAAGAUAAAGAGCAGUUGCAUAUAAAAAGAAAGAAUGAAAUAGUAACUAACUUUGAACUUUCUCAAAAAUGCAAAAUUUUGUUACAUGUGCAAUUCAUUUGGACUUAUAUAUUCAUCCAAAUUCAAUCCAAAUUCAAUUCAAAUUCAAAUUCAAACGUAAACUCACAUAAAACUUAAAUGCAAAGGAAACUAACUCGAAAUAAAUUACAUCAUUUAACAAAAAUACCCCACUCCAACAUGCAGCAGCGACGAAUUGCGAGACGUUAAUCUCCUGGCAACCUCACUUAUUUUGCGAGGUAGACACCCUUGGCAUAAACUCCUUGCUAUGAUGAUUUUUUUUUCAGCAGAACUCAAACUUUCACCAAUUUUUAGAUCUAACUUGUGCCACUUGUAAUCCUUUUUGACACCUUUAUUUAUUUAUAUAUUCAUAUUUGCCUUAAAAAAAGUCACUAUUUAUCUGAAUGGGGAAAUGUUAAAUGCACAAGUACCCUCACUCCCAACAUUGAGUCAAAAAUAAAUAAAUUAUGGUCUUCCAAAUGCAAUUUAAGGCAAGCCAUAAGUGAUCACUAUCAUUUUAUUUUUCCAAGAACUCAAAUACCAAUUGCACAAGAAUUGACAUUAAAAACGUUGUUAAAAUCCAUUGUGCCACCCAUCGUAUCAGCAUUGCUUGGAACUGUCAAAAGAAACAUUUUUAUCAGCGUUUUAAAUUUCAAACUCCCAACUUCUCUCUUCCAUGGCUAAUGACAAAACAGAUGAGCCAGUGUUGUUGAAGCUUCUCGUAGACACAGAAACAGACAAAGUUGUAUUUGCUGAAGCAGGAAAAGACUUUGUUGAUGUUCUAUGUAGCUUCUUAACAUUACCAUUAGGAACCAUUGCAAGACUUAUUCAGAAGGAUUCAAACAUGGGACCUGUCAAAGUUGGCUGUCUUAACUCACUCUAUCAAAGUGUGUCCGAUCUUAGCAAAAGAUAUUUCUUAACAAAGACACAUAAAAAAAUGUUAUUGCAACCAAUAAACUCGUCAGAAGAUUAUUGCAACUCUCUCACACUUAACAUUGACGAUACUCCGCCGGCUACGUACUUCUUAUGUACUAUAGUUGAUGAUAACUGCUGCGGUAAUGGUUUAUAUACUUCCUCUGAUACUAAUUGUGCAGGUGGGAAUCCUUUGACUCAUUUAGUUUCCCUCAAACAUUUCCACAAAGGAUUUGUUACAAGUAGUGCUUCUUUUGUUAUUACCGAUGAUUUGAUCGUCAUGCCAAACUCCAAGCAUGUUACAAGCUUUGGUUUACUUCAAAACUGUGGAAUAAAAACCACAAGUUCCUUAAAGGAAAUGACGUUUGAAGUCACUAAGGAAAAGGUGCUGGAUCUUUUGAAGUGCGCUUUGAUUUCCAAGUCACCUUUAACAGAUACGUUUUUGCGAAAUGAACCAUCCGUUGAAGAGUCGUCAAAGAUUUUGAACUAUGAUGUUGAAGAUAAUGCUGAUAUCCAGAUAAGUGUAAAGCUAGUUAUAAGAAAAUCAGAUGGCAAGGUAUUGUAUGCUCAAGGGGAAGAAGAUUUUGUUGAUAUGCUAUUAACUUUUCUCCCAUUUCCCUUGGGAGGAGUUGUAAGUAAGAUAAGAGAAAAUUGUUCUUUGGGAAGUAUUGAUAAAUUGUACAAGAGCAUUGCUGUUUUAGAAGAAAACAAGUAUUUUAAGUCAACAAAAGCCAAGACAAGGCUUGUUGAUCCUCAGGUUGCAUCGCAAUUCAAACUAAGCAAUAAGAUAUUACCUCUUCAGCCGGAUAUGGAGUAUUAUUGUUAUUAUGAUGGCAAAAGUUUCAAAGACAGUAUUAUUGAUAAUCAAUUUUUCAUAAGUGAUGAAUCUAGGAAAGAUGAGAAAAACUGUAAAAAUAUGUUUCUACUCGAUAAUUUCAAAGCAUGGAGAGGAAGCCGAGAAGGUUAUGUGAAGGAAUUGAAAAUGUAUGUGGCUACUGAUGACUUGAUCGUUGCACAAUCGUCUCCAAUUUCAUCUUUAAAUUUAAUUGACAGUUCGGAAACUUCUCUUGAUGACUUGAAGGAAGAGGUUGUCACCAUUGGCCUUAAGGAGUGUCUUGGCAUAUUGAUGGCUGCAUUGACUUCUACAUCUGCUCUAACAAAUGGUUUAGCUCACUUGUUAACUGAAGUUAAGGAGGAGAAAUAAGAAUUAAUUUUACUUCUAACAGACAACAUUUUCAGGCAUACUAUUUUGUGGUUGUUUCAUUUUUUCAGGGGGUUUUAACAAAAUAAGGGAGGUUUCUCAAAGGUUUUAAGCGUGUGGUUUUGCCUUUGUAAUUCAAAAAAUUCUCUUGUGCCUUUACAAGACGUAGGUCACUGACAGACACGAUCUUGAGAGUUCUCACAUAUCUUUUUUGUCAAAAUUUUGAAAUUUCAAAUCUUGGCAUUAUUAUCUUUGACUAUAGCAUCACACAUGAACUUUGGAUCUUGUAUUUCGAUGAGACUUGAGAUGUUUUCAAAUUGAUUACCAUCAUCGUAGAAUUGAGAGACCAAAUCACAGAAGAACCUUGAAAUAAAAGUCUUCACUUAAACAUCGUUGAAUUGCAAAGGCAGAAUAUGAUGAAUCUAGGCCAUCAAAAAAGUGCACAGGAAAUGCUUCUAAGUUCAAAUAAUGGAGCAUGAGAGCUGGAUCAAGGAAAUUACAAUAUAUACAUUAUACUAAAGAAAUACCAUGUAGUUGGCAUUUCCUACUCUUUUACUAUUCCUUUUAUCAAGUUUCUUUAUGUUCUCCUUUCUUGAUAUGUUGGGAUAUAAGAGCAUGAAGACGAGCAAGAUAUGUGAGAUUCAGUUUCCCCCAUUAUAUGUGAGAUUCAGUUUCCCCCAUUUUGUU